AUGGGAUUAAAUGAUGAUUUACUUCGUGGAAUUUAUCAAUAUGGAUUUACAAAACCAUCAGCUAUCCAACAGCGAGCUAUUAAACCAAUUACACAAGGAAAUGAUUUAAUUGCACAAAGUCAAUCAGGAACAGCAAUUGUUCUCUCACCAACACGUGAACUCGCUCAACAAACUCAAAGAGUCAUGUCAUACCUAGGAGAUUAUCUUCAUGCACAAGUCCAUGCCUGUGUUGGAGGUAAUAAAGUUGGUGAGGAUAUUAAAAAAUUGGAAAGUGGAGUUCAUGUUGUGAGUGGUACACCUGGAAGAGUUUAUGAUAUGAUGAGACAACAACACCUCAAUACUAAACAUAUCAAAUUACUGGUAUUGGAUGAAGCUGAUGAAAUGUUAAGUCAAGGAUUUAAGGAACAAAUUUAUCAAAUUUAUCGUCUAUUGAAUAAUACACAAAUUGUAUUAAUUUCUGCUACACUUCCUGCAGAAGUUUUGGAAAUUACACAACAAUUUAUGACUGAUCCAAUUAGAAUUCUUGUAAAGAGAGAUGAAGUUACUUUGGAAGGAAUUAAACAAUUUUUCAUUGCUGUAGAAAAGGAAGAUUGGAAAUUUGAAACUUUAUGUGAUUUAUAUGACUCUCUUACUGUUACACAAGCUGUCAUAUUUUGUAAUAAGAGAGAUAAAGUAGAAUGGCUUGCUAAACAAAUGAAGAAACAUAACUUUACAGUAUCAUUUAUGCAUGGACAAAUGCCACAGAAGGAACGUGAAGCCAUUAUGGAAGAAUUCAGAAAAGGUCAAUCGAGAGUGUUAAUCACUACAGAUGUGUGGGCUAGAGGUAUUGAUGUACAACAGGUGUCACUUGUUAUCAAUUAUGAUUUGCCAACAAAUAGAGAAAAUUAUAUUCACAGAAUUGGUAGAUCUGGUAGAUAUGGAAGAAAGGGUGUUGCAAUUAACUUUGUUACAGAAAUGGAUGUUGGUGUUUUGAAAGAUAUUGAACAACACUAUUCCACAACCAUUGAGGAAAUGCCAGCUAAAAUCGAUCAAUAUAUGUAA